UGUGCAGUGUGUAGUGUGGACAGGGCUAGGCUGAGCUGGGCUAUGUUGAGGACAUAGAGUGUCUCAGUGAAGACUGUUUCCCAAGCUAACUGGAUUAGGAGCUGGAACAUACUGGACCUGUUUGUCUUUACUAACUAAAGACAGAGUUUUAAUUGAGGGCAUGCUGGAAGAGAGAAAAUAGAGAAACAAAUAGAGAGUCAACACUAGAGAAUUGCUGGAGCAGAGACCCACGUAGACUGGUCUCUAGCCCAGCUCCCCUCACUCUCCCCGGGAUCGGUAUGGUGGGACUCCCCUUGCCUCUGACCUCCAACAUUGAGGUGAUAUGAGUCUGCUGUGUGGGUCCGGUUCAGCUCGGUUCACUUCCACUUAGUUCGGUUUGUCUCGGUUCCGUUUGGCUUGCGUAGACUGGCUGUUUAUAGCACUGACCCAUACCCCUGCUCCAUUUUCAGGUUCUGUGUCUCUGGAACCCCUGACCCAUAACCCCUGAACGUAGGACAGGUUCUGGUCCAGUUUUGCUAAAUUACUGGACUGAACAGACUUCUGUUUGACAGUAUUUCAAUACUUUUUUAUUUUCUGGAAACUCUACCCCUGAUCUGGGACUGAUCCUGGUUCUGCUGACAUCUAUUCUGUGUUCCGGAGGACUGGUUCUUCAGCGACCUGUCUGGCCUCUCUCUCCCCAGGAUCAUGGCCUCUUUCUGGGGCAUGGUGGUGUUGCUGUGUGGGAUGGUGGUUAUUUCUGGAGCACAGAAGACGAAGAGCAAUAUGCCCCGUCUAAAACUCUCUUAUAAAGAGAUGUUGGAGUCCAAUAACUUGGUGACAUUUGAGGGCCUGGCCAAUAGCUCAGCUUACCACACSUUCCUAUUGGAUGAGGAGAAGGGUCGUCUGGUGGUGGGAGCCAAGGACCACAUCUUCUCCUUCAACCUGCUCAACAUCAGCAGAGACCUGGCACAGAUCCCGUGGCCUGCAUCCACCUCCAGAAGAGAUGAGUGUAAAUGGGCAGGGAAGGACCUCAUGAGGGAAUGCGCUAACUUCAUCAAGGUGUUGCAGCCGUUUAACCAGACCCAUCUGUAUGUAUGUGGAACCGGAGCCUUCCACCCUGUCUGCGCCUACUUGGAGGUGGGGAAGAAACUAGAGGACAGUGUGUUCAGGCUGGAGCCCCUGAUAGAGAACGGUCGAGGGAAGAGCCCUUAUGACCCCAAGCUGCUCACUGCGUCCAUGCUCAUCGAUGGCGAGCUGUAUUCUGGGACGUCAGCGGACUUCAUGGGGAGGGAUUUUGCCAUCUUCCGUACGUUGGGACAGCAUCACCCCAUCAGAACUGAGCAACACGACUCCCGCUGGCUGAAUGAUCCCAGGUUUGUGAGUGUCCAUCUGAUCCCAGAGAGUGACAACCCCGAGGACGACAAGAUCUACCUGUUCUUCAGAGAGAACGCUAUGGAUGGGGAACACGCAGGGAAGGCUACUCAAGCACGCAUCGGACAGCUCUGCAAGAAUGACUUUGGAGGCCACAGGAGUUUGGUGAAUAAGUGGACUACUUUCCUGAAGGCCAGACUGGUGUGUUCUGUACCUGGACUCAAUGGCAUAGACACACACUUUGACGAACUACAGGAUGUGUUUCUGAUGAGCGCUAAGGAUCCUAAGAACCCCACCAUCUAUGCAGUGUUCACUACAUCCAGUAACAUCUUCAAGGGCUCAGCAGUGUGUCUGUACAGCAUGGCAGACAUCAGAAGGGUGUUUCUAGGUCCCUAUGCCCACAGGGACGGCCCUAACUACCAGUGGGUUCCCUUCCCCGGACGGGUACCAUACCCACGACCUGGCACGUGCCCCAGCAAAACAUUCGGAGGAUUUGAUUCAACAAAGGACUUGCCUGAUGAUGUCAUAACAUUUGCGAGAGGACACCCAGCGAUGUUUAACCCCGUCUAUCCCAUCAACAACCGACCAAUCAUAGUCAAGACGGACACGGACUACCAGUUCACACAGAUAGUGGUGGACAAAGUGGAGGCUGAGGAUGGACAGUAUGACGUCAUGUUCAUAGGCACAGAUAUGGGUAAAGUGCUGAAGGUGGUGUCCAUCCCCAGAGGGUCCUGGCAUGACCUGGAAGAGGUUCUACUGGAGGAGAUGACUGUGUUCAGGGAGCCAACUGCUAUUACAGCGAUGGAACUCUCCACAAAGCAGCAACAGUUGUACCUAGGCUCAGAGCUGGGCAUAUCCCAGAUGCCUUUGCAUCGCUGUGAGGUGUACGGGAAGGCCUGUGCUGAGUGCUGUCUGGCUAGAGACCCUUACUGUGCCUGGGAUGGGACCGAGUGCUCACGAUACUCUCCCAUGGCCAAGAGGAGGACAAGGAGACAGGACAUCAGGAAUGGAGACCCUUUAACCCAGUGUUCAGACCUGCAGCAUCAUGAUAACCUGAAUGGGCAGCCCACGGUGCUGGAUAAGACAGUGUAUGCAGUGGAGAACAGCAGUACGUUUCUGGAGUGUAGCCCCAAGUCCCAGAGAGCACUCACCUACUGGCAGUACCAACAAAUCAACGACGACAGGAGACAAGACGUCAAAGCAGAGGAUCGUUUUGUCCGUACGGAGCAGGGCCUGCUGAUCCGCACAUUGAACAAAAAGGAUUCUGGGACUUAUGUGUGCCAGGCUGUAGAACACGGCUUCAUGCAGACGCUCCUAAAGGUCACCCUGGAAGUCAUCGACACUGAACGCCUCGACGAUCUCAUUCACCGUGAUGACGAAACCGCCACACACACCGCUGCCACACACACAACCUCCUUGGACACGCCCCCAGCCCGGGAAUCGCCCAAUCAAAAGCUAUGGUACCGUGACUUCCUGUCAUUAGUGAACCACCCGACCCUGAACAGCGUGGAUGAGUUCUGUGAGCAGGUGUGGAAGAGGGAAAAGAAGCAGAGGAGGCAGAAAGCACACCUAUCCCAACAGGUCCAGCUACACCAGCAGCAGCAGCAGCAGCAGCAGGGCCUCGUGCACGCUCACACCCACGUGAAUGCCCAUGGGCUUGCGGCCAAGUGGAAACACCUGCAAGAGAGGCAGAAGGGCCGCAACCGUCGGACCCACGAACUGGAGAGAGCCCCCCGCAGCGUCUGACCUCGCACCUAAAUCCCAUGACCCCCCCAACCCCUAAUCCAUGUACACUGUCCUCAUUCUCAGAUCCCCCCUGAACCUCCUCCCCUGCCUCAUCUCUCCUUACAGAGAUAAAGACUUGUUCCACACUGACUUUGUACAGAGAAUCUCAACUGGAAACAAAGGCAAUAUCUAGCCCUGGUCUGUGCGUGUAGGCUGCGUGGCCACCCAUGAUUACAGUGACACGGCACAGAGACAAAGGAUGAUACAGGACACCAGAUGAUACAGUACUAUUCUAUAAUCUCAGCUGGCCUCUGUAGCCCCAGCACCAUGGAGGGACAGUGUUAGCCAACAUGUGGACUGGACUCCACGUACUGCAGAAUAACUUAUUGAAAACAUGGCUCUGUCUCCACUGUAGUGUAGCUUUGUUUGUUAGUCGUGUCUCGCCAUUGUUGURCACCCAGAUAUAGUAGGUAGCUUCUCCUAUCAACCACUAUCUUGGAACAAGGGAUGAUAGUGUUUGAUGAAAUGACGGAGCAAUGAUGGACCUCGUGUGUAUCACAAGGACAUAACUACAUACAGGUCAUGUAAAGCACAACAGUUUGAUGUUGAUUGGAUUCUAUGAGAAAUGAAGAGUCCUAAGGAGAGAGGAGGAUGACUGCAAGAUACAUCAGAGUAGCCAUGGAUUUAUAACUAAUUAUGUUAUUCUAACUUAAAUCAGACAUGUAAAUAUGCUUUGACACAUCCUCGUACUAAAGGGAAUGGUUUGCGGUUAUCUUGUUACAUGAUGUUGUUUCCCCAUAAACAAAUGUAUUUAACAGAAGGUGAUUUUGUUUUUCCGAAAGCAGUAGGUAAAUAAAGUAUCCAACAUGAUUCUGAAAGUUACUGUGUUAAGUGUAUAGAUAAGCUCUUCCAAGACACAAAUGUUUUAAUGUUUUAUUUAAACGUGUAUCUUUUUGAUUUGCUCAGAGCCCUGUAUAAGUAUUUGUUGCAUAGUUGAAGUUGACUUUAUUUUCUUUAUUUUAUGUUUCAGUCCAACCACUGCAUCCCAUUUUAACUAAAACUUUAACAUGUCUCUGCAUCAACUAUGUCACCUUGUUUGAUUGAAUCAAUUUGCAUGCAAAACUUGUUUUCACCACAUACAGUGCCUUCAGUAUUCAUGCUCCUUGACAUACUCCACAUUUUGUUG